ACUACGGAGUUUUUAUAGUCACCCGAAUAUUACUAGAAUUGAAUAUAAUUUGUAAGUGUAGAAAAGGAAAAUCGGUGGAGAAGUGAAAUUUUUAGUGCAAUGGCUUCAAAAUAUGAGGAAAAUUUAAAUUUAAGCACAGUAAAUAUAAGAAAAUAUGCCGAACCAUGUUGUGAGACAUCCUCGGAGGAAUAUAAGGACGUAGCAGUCGCAUUGACUGAUCUCCGACUUAAUAAAAAACAAUUUCCUGAAAAACAAUAUAAGGAUUUGCAGCCAAAAGGCAAAGAAGUUACGGGUCUUACGCAUGAAUGUGGUGUAUUUGGCGCUAUUGCCACUGGAGACUGGCCAACACAGAUCGACAUAGCCCAAGUGAUUUGUUUGGGCUUGGUAGCAUUACAGCAUCGCGGUCAGGAAUCCGCGGGCAUUGUAACGAGUUUGGGAAAGUGUUCCAAAAAUUUUAAUGUGCACAAAGGCAUGGGCAUGAUCAAUAAUUUGUUUAAUGAUGACUCGAUUAGAAAGCUUAAGGGCAAUUUAGGUAUUGGACAUACCCGCUACUCCACAGCUGCUGCUUCAGAAGUGGUCAACUGUCAACCUUUUGUAGUGCACACAGCACACGGUGCACUGGCCAUUGCACACAAUGGUGAGCUGGUCAACUGCGACACAUUGCGACGUGAGGUGCUUAACCGUGGGGUUGGUCUGUCGACACACAGUGAUAGUGAACUGAUUGCACAAAGCUUGUGUUGUGCACCAGAAGAUGUUUCAGAACAUGAUGGACCCAAUUGGCCCGCACGUAUACGUCAUUUUAUGACACUAGCACCACUCUCAUAUUCUCUUGUCGUUAUGCACAAAGAUCGGAUUUAUGCAGUGCGUGAUUCGUAUGGCAAUCGUCCGUUAUGCAUUGGUAAAAUUGUUCCAAUAACGUUGGGACAUGUGAAGCAAGAAGACGCACCAGCAGAAGGUUGGGUUGUAUCAAGCGAAAGUUGUGGUUUUCUAUCAAUUGGGGCACGUUACGUGCGUGAAGUGGAACCUGGUGAAAUUGUGGAGCUAACUAAGAACGGUUUUCGAACAGUUGAUAUAGUAGAACGACCACAAUACAAGAAAAUGGCUUUCUGUAUAUUCGAAUAUGUUUAUUUUGCACGCAGUGAUUCCACGUUUGAAGGUCAAAUGGUUUACUCAGUGCGUUUACAGUGUGGACGACAGCUGGCGCGUGAGUUCCCAAUUAAGGCCGAUAUUGUUAGUUCUGUCCCGGAAUCUGGUACAGCUGCAGCACAUGGUUUUGCAAGAGAGCUCGGACUGCAUUUUGCUGAGGUGUUGUGCAAAAAUCGUUAUGUAGGACGUACGUUUAUACAACCAUCGACUCGCUUGCGUCAACUUGGAGUAGCCAAAAAGUUUGGUGCACUUUCAGAAAAUGUGGAAGGUAAACGACUUGUGCUUAUUGAUGACUCUAUAGUACGCGGCAACACCAUUGGGCCUAUUAUUAAGCUGUUGCGUGAUGCAGGCGCUGUUGAAGUGCACAUUCGCAUAGCAAGUCCUCCACUGCAAUAUCCUUGCUAUAUGGGCAUAAAUAUACCAACGCGUGAAGAGCUUAUAGCAAAUAAAUUAAAUCCCGAUCAGUUAGCGCGUCAUGUUGGUGCGGAUAGCUUGGCUUAUCUUAGUGUGGAAGGCUUGGUCAAAGCAGUGCAAAUGAAUAAGGUAUCAGCAAAUCCUAAUAAUAGUGGUUACUGUACUGCUUGCCUGACCGGCGAGUAUCCUGGUGGACAACCUGAUGUGCUCAGUUGGUAGAAUGUAUAAUACUCGUAUAUCACAUUUAUUAGAAUAUCAAUGACUUUAA